UGUUUUUCCAGUCUUCAGAAAAAUAAAUAAUAUGAAAAUAAAUAAAAUUAAUUGAGCUCUGCCAAUUUCUCAGCUCUUGAUACUUUCCUUUCCUCCUCAAUAUAUAGCACCUUCAGCUCCUCCCAUUCCUUGCUACCACUCUCUUUUGUUCUUCCUCCUCUAACCUCUCUAUUGUAAGAGGAAGACUCUUACAGGUGGGUUUAUCAGAAGUUUUAACUGAUAAAUAUACCAUCAUUGCCAUUAUCCCCUUUGUUGUACCUAGUUGCUGUUGCUGAACGGAUCUCAUAAGCUGCAUUUGGGCUCUUUUUUUGGCUGAGACCCUUCUGUUUCUACUUCAAUAUGGAGAAGCGUUGUGCACUCUUUUCAAUGGCCCCCCUGUUUCUGUUCCUUUGUCUCCCAUUUGCUUUUGCUGGGCAUGACUAUGGUCAAGCUCUCAGUAAGAGUAUUCUCUUCUUUGAAGCUCAAAGAUCUGGUUACCUUCCCCAUGAUCAGAGAGUCACUUGGAGGGCUAAUUCUGGUCUAAAUGACGGCAAGACCAGUGGGGUGGAUCUAGUAGGCGGGUACUAUGAUGCAGGGGACAAUGUGAAGUUUGGGCUCCCCAUGGCCUUCACGAUUACAAUGAUGUCGUGGAGCAUAAUAGAAUAUGGGAAACAAAUGGCAGCGAGCGGUGAACUUGGUCAUGCCAUGGCGGCCGUUAAGUGGGGAACUGACUACCUUAUUAAAGCUCACCCUGAACCCUAUGUUCUCUACGGGGAGGUGGGAGAUGGAAACAGUGACCAUUAUUGCUGGCAAAGACCGGAGGACAUGACCACCGACCGCAGAGCUUAUAGGAUUGAUCCAAGCAAUCCAGGGUCGGAUCUUGCCGGUGAAACGGCCGCCGCCAUGGCUGCCGCCUCCAUCGUCUUCCGCCGCUCCAACCCUGCUUAUGCCAAUGAGCUCCUCGCUCACGCACAUCAGCUGUUCGAUUUUGCAGACAAGUACAGGGGCAAAUAUGAUAGCAGCAUUACUGUUGCCCAAAAGUAUUAUCGCUCAAUUAGUGGAUACAACGAUGAAUUGCUGUGGGCUGCUGCCUGGUUGUAUCACGCAACCAACAAUCAAUACUACUUGAGCUACCUUGGGAACAAUGGUGACUCGAUGGGUGGAACUGGUUGGAGUAUGACUGAGUUUGGCUGGGAUGUCAAGUAUGCUGGGGUUCAAACUCUCGUUGCAAAGUUCCUGAUGCAAGGCAAAGCCGGACACUAUGCACCUGUCUUUGAGAGGUACCAACAGAAGGCUGAGUACUUCAUGUGUUCAUGCCUUGGUAAGGGCGCCAGGAAUGUUCAGAAAACUCCUGGUGGUCUCAUUUUCCGCCAGAGGUGGAACAAUUUGCAAUUUGUCUCCAGUGCCUCCUUCCUGGCUACCGUCUAUUCUGACUAUCUUGCUUCAUCUGGUAGAAGCAUGAAGUGUGCAUCCGGCAAUGUUGCUCCAUCUGAGCUUCUCUCUUUUGCAAAAUCUCAGGUGGAUUACAUUCUUGGAGAUAACCCAAGAGCUACUAGUUACAUGGUGGGGUAUGGAAACAACUAUCCGCGACAAGUUCACCACCGGGCUUCCUCAAUUGUUUCCAUUAAAGUUGAUCCUACGUUUGUCAGCUGCAGAGGUGGUUAUGCCACUUGGUAUAGCAAGAAAGCAAGUGAUCCUAAUGUCCUUACUGGUGCUAUUGUUGGUGGCCCUGAUGCCUAUGACAAUUUUGCCGAUGAAAGGGACAAUUAUGAGCAAACAGAGCCUGCUACCUACAACAAUGCUCCGAUUGUUGGUAUAUUGGCUCGCCUAAAUGGUGGUCAUGGGGGUUACAACCAGCUGCUUCCAGUGGUGAUUCCAGCUCCUAACCAGCAAAAACCAGCACCACAGCCUAAAAUAACUCCAGCUCCAGCUUCAACCUCUGUCCCUGUUUCCAUAGAGCAGAAGGUGACAACUUCAUGGAUCGCCAAGGGAAAAACUUACUACAGAUAUUCCACUAUAGUCAGUAACAAGUCCGCUAAGACAUUGACAGAUCUUAAACUUACAAUUUCUAAGCUUUACGGUCCUAUAUGGGGUCUAAAUAAGUCUGGAGAUUCUUAUGCUUUUCCAUCAUGGCUCAAUACUUUACCUGCCGGAAAAAGUCUCGAGUUUGUUUAUAUUCAUUCAGCCUCUGCUGCAGAUAUCUCAGUUUCAAGCUACACUUUAGCCUGAAAAAAGGAAGAAAAACAUCUACAGAAACAAGAAAGCGGUUGGUAUAACUUCUGGGGUUGUAAUGUAAGAAUUGUGCAGCUAUACAAAAAGUGCGGUCCAGAAAGGUCUUUUUUUACAUGACACCUUUUCUUCGUUUGGGAUUUUCAGCUUGUUGAUUUGGCAUCUGAUUAGGGUUCAGUGAAUUUUAGGCUAAAAUAAGGUUGGAGGAUGAAAGGAGUGAAGAGACAAUCAAAAAGAAGUGUGCUCAUCCUCUUUCUCCUCCACUUCACUAGCUUUUAUAGACAUGCUUGAGAGAGACGGUUAAAAGAGUUCUAGUUGAGAUGCAAAAACUCAGACCUCUCAACUAGAAUUCAAGAAAGUCUUUUUUCCUUUAUUUGUACUUGAAAACAAAAUUCGAUGUUCUUUUUAGUGUGAUGUUGUAAGCUCUGCAACAAAUUUUAAACUCCUCAUAUGAAUAUAGUCCGUGGCAUUACAAAAUUAA